GGUGAUCGAAGAAUGUGAUUAUUAUAAACAUAUAAGAUGAAGAUCCAGUGCGAGGCAUGCGGGGAAAGGGAAGCAUGUUUCUACUGCGUGGCAGAUGAAGCCGCCCUCUGUUCCCACUGUGAUCAAAGAGUCCACAGUGCCAACAAGCUCUCCAGAACCCAUCAACGCUUCUCCCUCCUCCACCCUUCCCCCAGUCACUCCAAGCCUCCCCUCUGCGAUAUCUGCCAGCAGGGGAAGAAUGCUCUGUUUUUCUGCGAGCAAGACAGGGCAAUCCUGUGCAGAGAGUGCGAUGGGGACAUUCACAGACCCAAUAACGAGAGGACCAAGAAACACAGCAGGUUUCUUCUUACUGGGGUCAAGCUCUCUCCAACCCUCUCUUCCUUUUCUUCUUCUUCUUCUUCCUCUUCCUCUGCUGCUGCAAAUCUGACCAAUUCGUCACGGAACUCGAAGCCCAGUAACAAGCAUAUUGGUGUUCUUCCUCCUCCUCCUCCUCCUCGCGCCAUCGGGAGUGGGAAGAAGGAGCAAAUGAUGAUGGCUGCGAUUGCAGAAGAAGGGGAUGAUGAUGGUUUGAUGAUGUGUGGUGGCAGCAGCCCCAUGUUUGAGUACCUGGAGAUGCUUCCUGGCUACCAUUUUGAGGAACUUCUUGAUCCUGGUUUUGGUUUCUCUCAGGUAUAGAGAUUACUUGAAGAAUCCUAACCAAAAUAGAAAUAAAAUAUGAUUUCUAAUAGCACCAACUAAUAUAAUGCAUUCUUUUGG